UCCACAGCUGGAUUAGAAAGCCAGAUGUUGCUGACCCACAUAAAGGAUAGGAACAGCUGUCUGUAGGAUGGGGUGGAAACUGUCCUGGAUUUUAACAGUCAUGACAAGAGCUAACACAUGUGGAGCACUGUGAUGAGAGAGGAUUAGUCCAUAAGCUUAAACAGCUAAAGAGAAGAACAAGAGAAACAGCAAAGAAGAGGAAAGGUCUGACCAGAGGCCUCAGUGUUGUUACUGCGCACACUGUAAGACUUAACAUCAUGGGAAAGCAGAACAGCAAGCUCAGGCCAGAGAUGCUACAGGACCUGAGGGAGAACACAGAGUUUACUGAUCAUGAGCUACAGGAGUGGUACAAGGGGUUUCUUAAAGACUGUCCCAGUGGCCAUUUAAACGUGGAGGAAUUUAAGAAAAUCUAUGCCAACUUCUUUCCCUAUGGGGACGCCUCUAAGUUUGCUGAGCACGUCUUCCGUACGUUUGACACCAACAACGACGGCACAAUUGACUUCCGGGAGUUCAUCAUCGCUCUGAGCGUGACAUCACGAGGAAAACUGGAGCAGAAGCUGAAAUGGGCUUUCAGUAUGUAUGACCUGGAUGGUAACGGUUACAUCAGCCGUGAGGAAAUGCUGGAGAUCGUACAGGCCAUUUACAAGAUGGUUUCAUCUGUGAUGAAGAUGCCUGAGGAUGAAUCUACACCAGAGAAGAGAACAGACAAAAUAUUCAGACAAAUGGACCUGAAUAACGAUGGCAAGUUGUCUUUGGAAGAGUUCAUAAAAGGUGCCAAAAGCGAUCCGUCCAUUGUGCGACUACUGCAGUGUGACCCCAGCAGCGCCUCUCAGUUUUAAAGCUCAGCAGACAUCUGCCGCUCGAUGCAUGAAAGCUGUCAUAUUUCAUUAUUCUUGUGUUCCAAAUGGAUCAGUUUAAAAAAAGUGCAAAAAAAAACAAUUUUACUUUCAGUUAUUCCUAAAAAGGACACGUGUACCUCUGAAGAACAAAGAUGAUGCCUGCCAAGAUGUCUCUUGUCCGCUGCGCAUCACCCGUGCAUGUCUCCGCAGAAAUAUUACAGGCUCAUGGUGUUACGGGCUCGGGAUUUUAAAAUGGAAUGUUUCUUCUUAGCGAUCGUGCAUGCGCUCCCACUUUCCUUAUCCCCACCACCCUCUUGUGUUCAAUAUCUGUGCUGUUCUUGGUUUUGAUUCGUUUCCCAAUUGUUUUGUGAGGGCCCCUUAUCAACUUUUUAUAUUGAUAUUUAUGUGUAUAUACAGUAUGAAUUCAUAUCGGAAGAUGCGAUGAGAAAGGAAAUCAACGACAAAUGUCUUUUUACUCACUUGCAUCCUUACUGCAGUAUUAUGUAGCUUCACAGAGCAUCCAGAACAUCCGGCCUCCGGUGGACUGAAUGUUGGGAUUUUUCUGCUCUGGCACUCAUGAUCUUUAUUUUUUACAAAAAGAAGGCCUGUUAGUUUCAUUUUGUUGUAAAUAUGUUGUUUGCUUCCUUAUUUUUUAUUUAUUUGUUUGCAUUUCUAUGGUGUUUAUUUUAUUUUAUUUGUGUUAAACGGAGACGUGACACACUUGGUGAUGCUGUUACCUGUAAGUUGUUUUUAAGUCAAGGCUCUUCAGUGCAUCAGGGGAUAUACUGUACACUAUGCUGUUGUGUUUUGAAUCAAAGACACUGGUAGCACAUAUCUGUUAAAACGCUUCAUCCGUGUGCGUGCGGCUAUAAGCGUUUGUACUGUAUGCAAGAGUGAAGGUUUGCAUGUUUGCGGUAUGCGUCUGUGCUAACUUUAUAGUAUCACUUUGUGUACUUCCUUACAAUCUGUUUGUAUGCAACAGUAAGUUUGUUUUUGAAUCCCCAGUUUUAAGCAGCAAACUAUUCUGCAAACUGCAGUACUCAAAAAGCGCUUUAAAUUUCAAGCGCUCCAUGAACAACAUACAGUAGACAAGAAUGUACAAUGCUAUGAUUUAUGAUUAUGUCUUACGUUUAGAUAACUAGCCUCACCAAAAAGAGAAUUUGGAUACUGAAAGCGACCACUAAGGGCUUAUUUACAUUACGUGCAUUUGGUUGACACAAAGCGACUUACAGUUCAGUGGCAUAUCACAACCUUUGCACUGCUAAAACACUGCUUUAUCAAUUAAGCCAACAGAACUUGAACGAACAGGUUUGAAGAGGAAAAAAUGCCACUGCUUUGAAUUUUCUUUUGUGUUUUUAUGCAACGACUGACAUACCACAGCCUGAAUUCAACAGGCGCUCCUGCAAACACAAAAUACAAAACAUGAUGAAGCUCAGCUGACUAUCACAAACCCAUUUUGUUUGCUGGUAUUCAUGUUGCUUCCAUAUUUGUACUGAGACGAUAUUUGAUGCUGCACCCCUCUAUGGCAACUUUCCUAUAUUAUGUUGCAUGAAACCUCAUGCGAGGACAUACUGAUUGUCCCCUUUUACUGACGUUGAAAACAAAUAUACUUCUGUGUUUAGCAUG